CUCAUCUUUUCUCCUUACGCAAUGCCUCACCGAGAAUAACCCCUCUUUUCUGUCCCUAUCUAUCUUUCAUCUCCAUCUUACCUCUCUUUCUCCCCCCUCCCCCCUCCCCACCCCAUGUAGCAUUGUGUGUUUUCCUAAAUCUGGAUCCGUUCUUACCUUGUAAACUUUGCAUUUUUAUCAAAGACUUUUCUGGUUCCAAUUGAAUAGCUUUCUGACCAGUAACAUUUGGCGUGAUGAUACCUAUAAGUUAUUCAAGUGGCUCAGUUUCUUUGAGGAGCUUAAUGAGCUACAACUUUUAUGUUAUUUAGUUUUAGGUCAGGAUAGUAGUCACGAAGAGGCAUUUUGUUGGGCAGAAGUGUGAGCAGAGUAAGCAUGUCAAGUGACAGUUGCACCCACUGGUGUCAUAGUUGUGGGCAAUCCGUGAAUCUCGUAAAUGCUGUUUGCCACAAUUGCCUUGGUAGUUUUGUUCAAGAGCUCAAUGACAUAAUGAGUAGUAGUGCAGAUUAUAAGAACCAGAGGCCGAGAUUUAUGGAAUCUGUCUCAAACUUUUUAAGACGGCAAAUCUCUGCUAGAAGUAAUAUUUCUGAGAGAGGGAGAUCUGAUGGGGUGCCGAACAAAGAAAUUUGUGGAAUCCCUUGCUGAUUUUCAGUGGUGAUACGCCUGUUCAGAUGCCUGGGGAUGGUGGAGUUUCUUAAUGAGGCUCUUGGCUUCCGAAGAGAAAAUGGUGGUGAUUAUUUUGUUGGUCCUGGAGUGGAAGAAUUCUUUGAAGAAAUUGUCAAUAGCAAUCAGAGUGGUGCUCCUCCUGCCUCAAGAUCUUCAAUUGAUGCCCUGCCUACAGUCAAGAUAUUGAAAAAUGAUAUUAGAUCGGAUUCCCACUGCCCUGUUUGCAAAGAGAAAUUUGCACUAGGGACACAGGCAAUAAAAUUGCCUUGCAAGCAUUUAUAUCACUCAGAUUGUAUAGUUCCAUGGCUAAAACAGCAGAGUUCAUGUCCUGUUUGUAGACAGGAGCUGAUACCUCAACGAUCUGGCAAUGACCAUUGUUCUCCAAGCUCCAGGAGUCAAACUAGAAGCAGCAGUAGGCGAUACAGUGGUAGGGAGGACAGUUCUCAGAAUUUAGAAAGGCGGAGGCCAUGGUCGUUCCUCUGGCGUUUUGGCUCAUCUCAUUCUAGUUCCCCUAGUACUCCAGCUGCUGAAACUAACUCACAGACCAGCCAUCAAUACACUCAUUACUCUCACUACUAUAACUGUCCAUUUGAAUCACAAGGUUUCUCUAAAAGUAACCUGUUUUCUUUUUUCACAUUCUUUAUGAUCGUAAUGUUUUACCUCUGGUUGAACUUAGACUAUUUCUCAUUUUAGAAAAAAACGCCUUAUGUAUUUACAUGCUUGUAAUGUACAUUUGAAGUUUUUCAUGUGUUUCUGUUGACUCCCUCUUGGAAAAAGCUACUUUCAUCAUUCCUGGCUUA